GGGGACUCCGCAUCUCAUCAUGCAGUGCGCAGCCGCCGAUCGGGGGGUUUGGGCCGAGGGUCGCGGCGGCUGCGGCCCUGGUCCGGCCGGGCUGGGUUGCUGAGCUGAGCAGGGUGCUGGCCCCAAGGCGAUGAUGGGCAAGGAGGAGGAAAUUGCGCGGAUCGCCCGGAGGUUGGACAAGAUGGUGACCAGAAAGAGCGCGGAGGGAGCCAUGGACCUGCUGCGGGAGCUGAAGGCCAUGCCUAUCACUCUACACCUGCUCCAGUCCACCCGUGUUGGGAUGUCUGUCAACGCCCUGCGGAAACAGAGCUCGGACGAGGAGGUCAUUGCGCUGGCCAAGUCCCUCAUCAAGUCCUGGAAGAAGCUCCUGGGUGUGGAUGCUUCUGAUGCCAAAACCAGGAACCGGGGGAAGGGCACACCUCUGCCCACAUCAUCCUCAAAGGAUGGCUCAGAGGCCAUGGAUCCCAGCCGCAAGAGGCCGGAGCUGCCCAGGAUGCUGUCCACCCCAAGGAUUACCACGUUUCCCCCAGUGCCUGUUACCUGUGAUGCUGUGCGCAACAAGUGCCGGGAGAUGCUGACCACUGCCCUGCAAACAGACCAUGACCAUGCGGCUGUUGGUGCAGACUGUGAGCGACUGUCGGCCCAGAUUGAGGAAUGCAUCUUCCGGGAUGUGGGAAACACAGACAUGAAGUACAAGAACCGUGUGCGCAGUCGCAUUGCCAACCUGAAGGAUGCCAAGAACCCUGACCUCCGGCGGAAUGUGCUGUGUGGUGCCAUAACCCCCCAGCAGAUUGCGGUGAUGACCUCGGAGGAGAUGGCCAGUGAUGAGCUGAAGGAGAUCCGCAAGGCCAUGACCAAGGAGGCCAUCCGCGAGCACCAGAUGGCACGCACAGGUGGCACUCAGACAGACCUGUUCACCUGUGGCAAGUGCAGGAAGAAGAACUGUACCUACACGCAGGUACAGACCCGCAGCUCUGAUGAGCCCAUGACCACCUUUGUUGUUUGCAAUGAAUGUGGAAACCGCUGGAAGUUCUGCUGAGCACUUGUGCAGUUGCGCUAUAGCCCCAGGUCCUGGCCAAUGCUGCCCCUCCUGCAUUCUUGGUGGACACAGCUUCUCUGGAGACCCCCAGUAGACGGCAUGCCCUGCCCCAGCUGCCUGGUGUGCACCUGUCUGCCCUUUGCCCUGUUAUUAAAUGUCUUGUUUGCCAUCCUUGGGCCUUGCUCCUGGUGGGCUAUACACAGGCUUCAACUGA